GAGGUUUCCAAUCCUCUCUGCACUGGCAUUGGGUCCUGGAUGAGUUUUCAGGGGAAGUGACUGAGAUUCAGAGAUCAGCGAGAUAUACUAGCUGGGGAAGUUCAGCAGGAACAUAAAGAGAUUCUCUUGACCCUGGAAAAGAGAUUUCUGCAGCAUGAAGAACAAGCAUAAGAUGGUGAGAACAGGACUCACAGGAGAAGCAUUUGAUGCCGGGACUCCCUGAAGGCACUGAACAGUCUCUAAUUCUAUUUCACUUUUGGAAUUCUGACUUGAAUAGAAAAGCCCACCAAACGUGGCAAGCUUCAAACUGAAGGCACACAAGGUAUGCUGUCUCUUAAAGCUGGUGGGAGGCCAUGGGCUAUAUGUGGCCUGGUUCUAUGGCUAUCAAGACACACAAGCUGACUUACCUGCUGCAGUCACCAAAGGCUCCAUGACACAUGGUGGCAAGAGCAUUACAUGUUUCUGGGAAGAAUUGGGUUUCCUUGUAAGCCUGUGGACUGAGGGGUUCUUGGAUUCUAAUACAGAUGACCUGCUCGCCCAUUCGCCAUUUCAUAACACAGCUACGGCGGUUGGAUACAUGGAAAAGGGAUUUAAGGGAAACACUGGCAUUUUAAUGGGCAUGUUUCUGGUGUCCUUUGUUGUCGUGGUUGCCCUGGUAACUGUCUUAUCUGGAAUUGGGGUCUGUGAGCGGUGCAGCAUCGGAAGUGGAGGAGUCUAUUCCAUGAUUUCUACUGUCCUCGGUGGUCAAGUUGGAGGGACCAUUGGCCUCCUUUAUAUUUUUGGUCAGUGUGUUGCAGGUGCUAUGUACAUCACCGGGUUUGCGGAAUCCAUCUCCGACUUACUGGGUUUCAGUAGCACUUGGGCAGUUAGAGGCAUUUCACUGGCAGUCUUACUAGGUCUGCUUGGAAUUAACCUGGCUGGUGUUAAAUGGAUAAUCCGUCUCCAACUGUUACUGCUCUUCCUGCUGGCUGUUUCUACGCUGGACUUUGUCAUUGGAUCAUUCACGCACCUAGAUCCAGAACAUGGCUUUGUGGGAUAUUCGAAAGAACUUAUGUUUAACAACACGCUACCAGACUACAGUACGGGGGAGUCCUUCUUCACUGUUUUUGGAGUGUUUUUCCCAGCUGCUACAGGUGUGAUGGCUGGGUUUAAUAUGAGUGGAGAUCUCCAGAAGCCUGCGGCCAGCAUCCCACUCGGGUCUCUGGCAGCUAUCGGCAUUUCGUGGUUUCUAUAUAUAGUCUUUGUUUUCUUGCUGGGAGCCAUUUGUACCCGGGAAUCGCUCCGCUAUGACUUUAUGAUAGCAGAAAAGGUAUCCUUGGUGGGUUUCUUGUUUUUAUUAGGAUUGUACAUUUCCUCCUUAGCUUCCUGCAUGGGAGGUUUGUAUGGAGCACCCCGAAUCCUUCAGUGCAUUGCCCAGGAAAAAGUGAUACCGACCCUUUCCUUUCUUGGACAUGGGAAAGGGCGUAACAAGACCCCAGUGGCUGCGAUUUGCUUAACGAGUCUCAUCACCAUGGCUUUCGUCUUCGUUGGCCAAGUGAACAUCCUUGCUCCUAUAGUCACCAUAAACUUCAUGCUGACAUACAUUGCUGUGGACUACUCUUAUUUCUCAGUCUCUAUGAGUUAUAUCCUACAGCAGAAACCCAAAAGGACACAGAGGGAGGAAUCUAGGGUUGUCAACUCUUCCCAGCCUUUAACCUUUGAGAAAACUUCCCGUUAUGGAUCAGAUGGAAUAAUUCAAAGCAGAUCAGAUGGCACCUUGUUAGAAUUCACAAAAGAUAUGGACCAGCUUUUUAAGCCUCUUAAUAAAGAUCCAGGGACUCAUAAAGAGAAAGAAGAGAGAGACAAGAAUUUAAACCAAAAGGUCAAACAGAGAAAGAUAAAGAAGCCAGCCAAGCAAACAUUACAAGACAGCUUUCUCUUGGAUCUUGAUCAGAAUAUUGCCCACGCCCCUUACUGUGGCACCAAAACAUCAGAGCCUAGUGAUGAAAGUCUGCAGAGUUUUGCUGAACAGAGUCAUCAGAGUGAAAGAAAUCUGUGUUUAUCAUCAGCUGUGGACACUGAGCAAAAACGUGACCAUGAGCUAAUGGAAUAUGGAGAACAACUUUUUAAUGAGCUGCAGAAUCCUCCCAAUCAGAAAGUGGAAGAUACAAAUGUAAAGCAACAAAAUCAAGAACUAGAAAUUCAGAGAAUGCCAGUUUCCUUCUACGCCAGAUUCUGCAAUCACUGGGUUUCCCUUGUUGGUGCAAUCGGAUCGCUUGUAAUCAUGUUUGUCAUUCAAUGGAUCUACACUCUCAUUAAUUUGAGUGUAGCAAUUAUUCUGUAUUUCUACAUUGGCCAAAUAAGUCCUGGACUACCCCCUGGGGCAGCAGCUAACUUCAGUUUUCUCAGCUGGAUUAAGUUAGGUUUGGUCAGCUCAUGCAGGAGAAGGCCAUCCCCAGAGGAGCAGAUUGUUGUUACACCAUCCUUUGCAACAGUUGGCAUGGAGACCACUCAGCUCACUGAAGAGAAUGCAGAUUUUGCCUCUCGAGACCGCUACCACCAUUCCUCUAUUAUCAGAAGAGAAGAAUUUGUCAAUCAGUUUCAGUAAAAAACAAAAACGGAUCCGGCUGUGCACUCCAGCAGUCGCUUAACACUAAUCGCUGUUGUGGCACCUGGUAAAAAUACUUGAAUAAUGUGACUAUAUUUUUUUAAUGCUUCCACUGUUUGGGGUUGUGUCUUUUUAUUUUAUUUUUUUACAAAGGACAAAGUUUGCAAUUUUAACUAGGAUUCCAUGUGAUCUUUUGGUUAGAGCAGCAAGCCGAGAACUAGGACUCUUGGGUUCUGUUCUCAGCCCUGCCACUGAUUUGGUGCAAACUUAGUCUAGUCACUUUUCCUCUUUAUGCCCCAGUUUUCCUGCCUGUAAAAUAAUAAUUUUCUACCUCACAGGGGUGAUGUGAGUUUUAAUUAAUUGGUGCUCAUAAAGUGCUUUAAGGCAUUUAGAUGAAAGGCCGAAAUGGUGAAGGCGAGAGGAUUAUGAAGUGUGUUCAAAAUUGGAAUCAAAUCCGUUCAUUUAAAUUUAUGAACUCUUCUGUAUCACGAUAAACUCUUCUGUAUCGUCAUACUGUGAAAUUAUGCUUUAUCAGCACUAAAUAGCUAUUUUCAACAUCACUUCAGAAAUGUGGAUUGGGAGAGGCUGAAUCUUGAAACAUAGGCAAUAAUCUGGGGACCCUCUUUCUGAAGGUCUACAGUGUUUCCAAAUACAACAUGUCCCAGUUAAAAUAAUAAUUUAUAUAAAUGAAUAAAAAGUACCUAUUAGGAUAUAUGUGGCCACACCCUUACUUCAAUCAGAAGAAGAAAUGUAUCACUUGUAUUUAGUCCUUCAGAUAGGAAACAAUGCAGGCAAAGCUCCUGGGGAGGUCUGAAAUGAAGGAGCAGGCCUCAGGAGUAUGUAGUAAAAUAGUAGUGAGCACUGCAAAAUAAGUCUGGGCAUUUAAAAUGUAUUAAAAAAGGGAGUGAUAAUUAAUUUCCUUUAAUCUUUGAGUCUUUCAAUUUUUUAGUGUUCAGUGCGAUAAUAACCAGAUCUCUGCAUCUGCUACAGAAAAAGCUCGGAAUUCCUGCUAGCUUUGGGACCAAUGCUACUAGAAGGGGCUGAAGGCCCUUGACUCCCUCUGUACUUGGUGGGAGCUGAAGGUAUUCACCAGCACCUCACAGGGUCAGCCACUUUGAGCGCUGUUUCUACCAUGUGAUAUUUUCCUGCAGGUGGAAGGAAACCAGCUUUACCAAUGAAAUCAUGAAUAAAGUAAUUCUGGGAUGCUA